AUGCCAAGCGCUGCCCCGCCGGCCGCCGCCGCGCCGCCGUCGCGGGACGCAGCCAGCGGGACACAGAGGCCGGCAACGGCCCCGCAGCGCAGCGGCCGCCCGCCCGGCAGCACCAUGAAGGCGGCGGAGGAAGAACACUAUAAUUACACGUCCUCAAACGUAAAUGCCGGCUUGCCUCUCAAUGUGGCACAUUCCUCAUUGUCAACUCCAUGUCACGGCCUUCAGACGUCAAACCCCAUCAUUUCAGUUGUCCCAUCGACAAACCAUCCUUCUGGAUACGGAUCACACCUCGACGGCGGGGCCUCCGAGUAUUACCUGCCCCCAAACAUCAGACCUAACGGAGCGCCGGCGCUGGAGAGCCCCAGAAUUGAGAUCACUUCUUACAUGGGACUUCAUCACAACAAUAACCAGUUUUUCCACGACGAGGUGGAGGAGGCCAUCCCAAACACCAAGCGCUCGCCUUCCACUGCCACGCUGAACUUGCCGAACAUCGAGGCGUACAGAGACCCGUCGUGCCUGAGUCCAGCGAGUAGCUUGUCUUCCAGAAGCUGCAACUCCGAAGCGUCUUCCUACGAGUCCAACUACUCGUAUCCGUACACUUCGCCCCAGACCUCUCCGUGGCAGUCCCCCUGCGUCUCUCCCAAGACCACGGACACGGAGGAGGGCUACCAGCGCAGCAUGGUGGCCUGCACUUUGCUCAGUUCCCCCAGGCACUCUCCGUCGACGUCCCCCAGGACGAGCAUCACGGAGGAGAACUGGCUGGGGGCUCGCAACUCCAGGCCUCCGUCUCCCUGCAACAAGAGGAAGUACAGCCUGAAUGGCCGGCAGGCCUCCUACUCCCCGCACCACUCCCCCACACCCUCCCCGCAGAACUCGCCGCGGGUGAGCGUGACGGAUGAGACGUGGCUGGGGAACACCAACCAGUACACCAGCUCCGCCAUCGUAGCCGCCAUCAACGCCCUCACCACCGACAGCACCAUGGACAUGACCGACGGCAUCCCCAUCAAGUCGCGCAAGACGGCCCUCGACCACAGCCCCUCCAUGGCACUCAAAACCGAGCCGGCCGCCGAGGACCACGGGACCAUAUCGCCCACCGCUGAGCUCUCGCCAGAAGACUUCUCCAGCUUCCAGCACAUCAGGAAAGGCAACUUCUGCGAGCAGUACCUGUCCGUGCCACAGCAUCCCUACCAGUGGGCCAAACCAAAGUCUCUGUCUCCGACAUCCUACAUGAGCCCAUCCCUGCCUGCCCUUGACUGGCAGCUGCCAUCUCACUCAGGACCUUACGAGCUGCGUAUUGAAGUGCAGCCCAAGUCCCACCACCGAGCUCACUACGAGACGGAAGGCAGCCGAGGGGCCGUGAAGGCGUCUGCGGGGGGACACCCUGUCGUGCAGCUCCACGGUUACUUGGAAAGCGAGCCGCUCACGCUCCAGCUGUUCAUCGGGACUGCAGAUGACCGCCUGCUGCGGCCUCACGCCUUCUACCAGGUUCACCGCAUCACCGGCAAGACCGUGUCCACCACCAGCCACGAAACAAUCCUUUCCAACACCAAAGUCCUGGAAAUUCCGCUUCUCCCGGAGAACAACAUGAGAGCAAUCAUCGACUGUGCUGGGAUAUUAAAGCUGCGGAACUCCGACAUCGAGCUGCGCAAGGGAGAGACGGACAUUGGUCGGAAGAACACGCGCGUGCGCCUGGUCUUCAGGGUUCACAUCCCCCAGGCCAACGGCAGGACCCUCUCCUUGCAAGUAGCCUCCAACCCCAUUGAGUGCUCUCAGAGAUCUGCCCAAGAACUGCCUCUGGUGGAGAAGCAAAGCACUGACAGCUUUCCUGUUAUUGGAGGGAAAAAAAUGGUACUGACUGGCCAUAACUUUCUGCAGGACUCCAAAGUCAUCUUUGUGGAGAAAGCACCAGAUGGUCACCAUGUGUGGGAAAUGGAAGCCAAAACCGACAAAGAAAUGUGCAAGCCAAAUUCCUUGGUGGUUGAGAUACCACCUUUCCGCAAUCAGAGAAUUACCAGCCCCGUACAGGUCAACUUCUACGUCUGCAAUGGAAAGAGAAAGAGGAGCCAGUACCAGCUCUUCACCUAUCUUCCUGCUAAUGUUCCAAUUAUAAAAACAGAACCCACAGAUGACUAUGAGCCUGCUCAAACCUGUGGACCAAUGAACCAAGGCUUAAGCCCUCUCUCUAAACCGUACUACAGCCAGCAGAUCAUGAUGCCCCCCGAUCCUGGUUCGUGCCUCGUGGCUGGCUUUGCCUCCUGCCAGCAGAGAAACGCCGUGAUGUCACCCUCUCCCAACGCAAGCCCCAAGCUGCACGACCUCUCGUCCUCUCCUUACAAGUGCAUCCCCAACCCGGGUCACAGUCACCUCGGACUUCAGCAGCCCGCUGGAGGUGUCCCCACCAUACAGGAAGUGCCAAGGUCUAUAGUUGUGCACCCAAGCUCCCCUGAGCAAUCAUCUCACAUCAUGCUGCAGCCGCAGGUGAGUCAACAUCUGAGCAGUAGCUGUCCCCUUGGUUACCAACAAACACUCUAUCCCAACAGUCCCUCUUCUCCAGUUCCAUCUGUUACCCAAGAGCCAACCUAUUUGCAGUCCUGCAGUCCAACUCACUCAUCCAUAAUGGGUCAACAGCAGCAGCAACUGCCGAAGGUUCACAGAAAUGAGUCUCCAACAACCCAACCACUGUCAUUGCCAGAGUUGCAUGAGGAAAGUAAUCAUAAUUUGGCCCCUAUUCCUGUAACGAUCAAGCGAGAACCUGAGGAAUUGGACCAGAUGUACCUGGAUGAUGUAAAUGAAAUUAUAAGGAACGACCUUUCCAGCACCAGUGUCCAUUCAUAGCUCUCGGUCCGGGCCCAGUGUGAAAUGCAGACACACCUUUGACAGAGCUGGCGUGUCAGCUCCAGCAGCGAGAUGCCGAAUGAACUGAAGACAUUGCCUGGUACCACUCUCAUCUUCCACCUUACUGAAUGUCAGGAACUGAAGAUUUACCUCUUCCUUAGAAAGAAGUAGCUCCUCAACUUCAACUGACGAAACAGUUUCUUCAAAGAAAAUCAUCUCAAGAGCCCGAGGAGGGAGUACGCUCCGAGACAGUGCGUUUCAUGGGACGACCCUGGGGAACGCGGCAAAGCUGAGCGCUCCUUCCCCGUGCUGAUCUUUAUGGCGUGGCCCCGCUGGAAUGCAGCCCUGGAAGUGCCUUAUUUUACCAGGUUGUGGCAUCAGGGCGUUUUUAAUAAGCUUUGAAUUUGCUACCAUUACAAGCGUCGGUAGGUGCAGAAACUGUAGAGCUUGCAUCCUGGAGAGCGCUGGUGGAAAAAAGCACAGGACCCUGCUGGCAAGCAGGGAGAGCAGCUCCUGCUGCAGUCAGACUCGUUUCUGGAUUCCAGAGUUUCUCCAGCUUUUCCUCUGCUGCAGUGUACAGCCUAUUGCCUUAUUCUCAGUGCAUUUCAAGAGCCUCCCGAUGCGUCAUCAUCUCAGCUUUCUUUCGCCUGUUGUCUUUGCUAUGUGCUAAUGAAUCGUAGGGUUGUUAGUAGCAGCAUGUUAAGGUUUCGAUUUUAAUCCGGCUUCGGUCAUAGCACAAGUGAGAUGAAUAGCACAAAGUAAAAAACCAGAAAGGUUGAUGGACAAAAACCUAUUGAAAUCUAUCUUUUACAUGAUAGAUGAAUGUGUAUGCAUGUACAUACAUACUAGUAUAUAUGCAUAUAUUUAUAUAUGACAAGUAAUAUAGAUGAUUGCCUAGUGAGGGCACUGAACUUAGCAAUAAUUUCAAUUCCUGAGAAUGCAUUUCAGAUCCACAGCAAAUAUUUCAGCUACUUCUCGUGAGGGUUCGUUGCACCUGAAGCAGGUAUGCAUUUUCUUUCCUCAUACAGUUAAGCAAGCACUUUAGAUAGGCAGGAAGGGUGCAUACACACACACACACACACACACACACGAUACGUGUUAUCUACCAAAUGACAACAUAGGAGUUCUAGUACCUGUAAAUACCAGUACUGAAGAGUGUAAAAUAUUUGUUCAUUAUAAUGUUACUAUUCCGCAGAAGCCUUAUAACUCUCUGCUACUUGUAUCAAAAAGAGUAUUACCAAAAACCCACACAGGUUUAAUAUGCAGCGCUGUAUAGUGUGUUUUCAGAUGAGCUAACGUUCCUGGAGCUACAGGUAGGCAUGUAGUGUAGCCUUUAACAUGGUAUUUUUUACAAUCAGCCGCUUACUAUAUAACUAGCAACAACCUAUUAUUUCAUAUAACCAAAAAAAAAUAAAAAGAAGAAAAGGAAAACUAAACUACAGCAGCAUGGCUGAAAUGAAACCCGUUUCCCGUGACUAUGGUGCCUUAGGAAUCUGUGCCCCCUCCUGGAACACCCCCGCAGUGCAGCGGACACUGAGCAGGUUUCACACGAAGGCAAAAGCGUCCGAAGCGUUUUCAGACGUUGUUCUGUGUAAUUAUGUCUUACUCUCCUUAGAGAAAACAAACAAACAAACAAAAAGCCAUAUUUGUCACAUUUGCACAUGACUGUGAAGACAUGAGAAUAUAAUAUGGCUGUAUGUACAUAAUAUGCUGUUACUGGUCCUUAUAAUCGUCUGUUACUCCUCACCUGUUUAAUCCCAGUUAUUUACCCUGUAUUUAGCGUUGUAGACAUUGCAUGGAACAUUUCUUAUAGACUGCCAUAUGAGAAGGUAAAAGGCUUGACGGACGUCAGCUUGACUUGUAGCUAGGAAAUAGAUCCAAUAAAGCAAAAUGUUUUGCUGGAAGCUAGUCUUAGAGUGGUUCGUUUUAUGUUACCCUGACAAAUCUUCCUUCCUCAUUUAAAAGAAGCAUCUUUACGUUACAUGCACUUAUAUAAAUAUAUAUGUCUGUCUCUUCUGUUUGAAGCUGUUUGCAUCCCGCUAAUGUAACCACCUUAGCACGGAAGGAAAGUCUCUUUGUCAACAGACUCCCCUCCGUGUCCCACCUGCAUUUUAAGACAUUGCUGCCAAGGAGAGCAAAUGGUUCCUGAUAGGUUCUCAGAUUUAUUCUCUCUGUAUUUCAGAAGCAUCACCAAGGUGCACGUGCAGGAGCCUCUGGCGAUGCCAAAGCCUUUGCCGAGCCAUACACGUUCAUAGCCUGGGUGAGGCAGUUACGGUGCAGGAUGACACACGCAGACACACACGCUCCACGUGCUCGCGUUUCAGGGGUAAUUCUGGCAGGGUUUUCAACUGUAUGGCUUGCAAUGUUGCACCUCUCUUUUUUUCUUCCCCCUCUUUAAGCUAUUUUGGAAAAAAAAAACCCCACCACAAAAACCCAACCAACCUGUUACUUUUAAGCCUGGAUAAUGGAAGAUUCUGCAUCUCUUGUAUCUGUAUCCGUGAAAUAAAAAUGAAAGCACAAGUA